UUGACACAGCCUGAGCUUUCAGUUUUGUGCCGCUCAACGAUGGGUUCAAUCCUGGUGAAAUGUGCUAUGAUCGAUUUGACCAUUCAAUGGGUUCUCUGGGCUGCAGCGAGCAUUCUGCAAACCGAGAAGUUUUAUGACUUGGCUGGGUCAGGGACAUUCAUCUUCUUGACUCACCUGAGUUACAGGUGGAAUGGCACCAGCUACCACCGACAGAAAAUACAGAGCACCUUGGUAACCGUGUGGGGCUUGAGGCUCGGCUUGUUUCUGUUCUUAAGAGUGUUAAAGGAAGGUCGUGAUAGACGGUUUAAUGAAGUUCGCACCAGCCCAAAGCUGUUCUUUGUUUAUUGGACACUUCAGGGUAUUUGGAUCUUUGUAACACUUCUUCCUACACUAAUUCUAAACACUCGGGGAAAGGACAGGCCUUUGUGUGUCCGAGAUUAUACUGGAUGGAUAAUCUGGGUUUUGGGCUUUGUUACAGAAACAAUUGCAGACCAGCAGAAGUGGAAUUUCAAAAGUCAUCCUGAUAAUGUCGGCAAAUUCAUUCAGACUGGACUCUGGGCUUACAGUCGCCAUCCAAACUACUUCGGAGAAAUACUUCAAUGGACUGGCCUGUUCAUCUCUGCUUCUUCAGUAAUGAAGGGAGUGGACUAUGUCAGUGUGCUGUCCCCAAUAUUUCUGUGGUACUUGCUUACCCAUGUCAGUGGAAUUCCAAUACUAGAAAAGCAAGCAAUGUCAAGGUGGGGACAUGAUCCCACUUACCUUCAGUAUGUCAGGAAUACACCAGCUCUGUGGCCGUUUACAUUUUAAUACAAGUUUCCCUCUUUUCUACAUUCAAUGAGAAAUGACUAGAUUUUCAGGUAGAACUGGAGGCCUUUUACAAUCUUCAGCUGUCAUUUAAAAUUAAAUUUGUUUCAAGUAUUCCUGUCAUUUCGUUGGUGAUCCAAGUAUUUUAGUCAAAACUUGAAUUACGGUUGUGUAUAAUUUUGUAAUCUGCUGUGAGAAACAACAUGAUAGUUAAUGCGAUUAUGGGAGGUGAGGUGUUGUAACUGCAGGAAGAUUUUCUUUUGCUUGAUUUCAAAUCUCUUUGCGGAAACAGAAUUAAACGACUGAGUAAUUUUAAGUUAGUUAUUUGCAAUUUCAGCUACACAAACAAAUAUAGACGCAAAUGCCAUGUGCAAUUUGAUCUGUGAGCCACUAGCUUGUAAUUAUAACAAACCCUUUUACAUUCCCUGGAGUGAUGAUAGCAGAGGUGACGAAGAGAAAUGAAAUGAAGACAAGUAAUAGAAUAAAGACCACAUGGAGAACGAAGAAGUGAAUUUAAUGACUCUGAUCUGCAAUGAGGAAUUCAUGCAAGCUGGCUCCAUGAAUCAUUCUGCAUCUCAGCUAGUUUUAAGCUAUUGUUCUCUUUUGUAAUUGAGAAACUUUUGCAAAUAAUGACGUAACCCCAUUCAGUUACUUGUGCUCAAUGCAAAAUGUCAGCAAAUGUUUCCAUUUAUGGAGCGAGGCUGAGGGCGGUUCAGAACGAGAGAUGAUAAACAUAAG